AAGGAAGGGAGCAAGAGGAGGCGGCAGCUGGGGCGCAAUGUGACCGGGGACUGCCAGCCUCUCUCUCUGCCUCUCUCUCUGCUUGGGAACUCCGUCCCAAUGCGGCUUGGUGCGCUCUGCAAGGAGCUUGCCCCUGCCCCUGCCUCCUCUUGCUUCUCCUCGCGGGAAGCGAGCUGAGCCUCUCCUCGGCGGCGGCGGCGUCUCGUGAGGAGGGAGCGGCGACCUUCAUGGCCUCACCAUGCUUGUUGGAAGCUACUUUGCCAGUCACUUCAUCAUGGGAGGUGAGAAGUUUGAUUCGACACAUCCUGAGGGUUACCUCUUUGGAGAGAACAGUGAUCUCAAUUUCCUUGGGAACAGACCUGUAGCGUUUCCCUAUGCUGCCCCACCACCCCAGGAGCCAGUGAAGACCCUGAGGAGCCUGAUCAACAUCCGUAAGGACACUUUGCGGCUGGUGAAAUGCACGGAGGAAGUGAAGACUCCAGGAGAAGAAGUCAGCAAAGCUAAAGUCCAUUACAAUGUGGAGUUCACUUUUGACACAGAUGCACGGGUGGCUAUAACGAUUUAUUAUCAAGCAAGUGAAGAAUUCCAAAAUGGAGUAGUGAGUUACAUUCCCAAAGACACCAGUUUACAAUCUGAGACUGUGCACUACAAGAGAGGAGUGUGCCAGCAGUUCUGCCUCCCUUCCCAUACUGUUGACCCCUCAGAAUGGACAGAAGAAGAGCUGGGCUUUGACCUGGACCGUGAAAUCUAUCCUAUGGUGGUUCUUGCAGUUGUAGACGAGGGAGAUGAACACAUGGGUCACUGCCAUGUACUCCUGGCAACGUUUGAGAAGCAUGCUGAUGGAAGUUUUUGCGUGAAGCCCCUCAAACAGAAACAAGUGGUGGAUGGAGUGAGCUACCUGCUUCAGGAGAUCUAUGGUAUAGAAAACAAAUAUAACACACAGGACUCCAAGGUAGCAGAGGACGAGGUGAGUGACAACAGUGCAGAGUGUGUGGUCUGCCUCUCAGACGUACGGGACACCUUGAUCUUACCUUGCCGCCAUCUUUGCCUGUGCAACACUUGUGCUGAUACCCUGCGAUACCAAGCCAACAACUGCCCUAUCUGCAGGCUGCCAUUCAGAGCCUUGCUACAGAUCAGAGCCAUGAGGAAAAAACUCGGACCUCUUUCCCCAACCAGCUUCAACCCCAUCAUCUCCUCCCAGACAUCAGACUCAGAAGAACACUCGUCUUCAGAGAACAUCCCUCCUGGCUAUGAAGUGGUCUCCCUCCUCGAAGCUCUUAAUGGGCCUCUCGCUCCGUCUCCAGCAGCCCUGCCACUCCAUGUGCUUGGAGACAGCCAUGUAUCCAGCAUGCUGCCUUCCUAUGGGAGUGAUGGCCAUCUGCCACCCCUCAGGACUCUGUCUCCCCUUGAACGUUUGUCUGAUUGUGGUAGCCAAGGACUCAAGCUGAAGAAGAGCUUAUCUAAGUCAAUAUCCCAGAAUUCCUCAGUACUACACGAAGAAGAAGAUGAGAAGGCCUGCAGUGAAUCUGAAAUCAGGAUUUCUAGGAAGAAAUCUCCUCGUCCUCAAGAAGAGGAAUGUGGUGUGACACCAGAGAGUGAAAACCUCACCUUAUCCUCUUCAGGAGCCGUAGACCAAUCUUCCUGUACAGGGACACCUCUUUCCUCUACCAUCUCUUCCCCAGAAGAUCCCGCUAGCAGCAGUCUGGCACAGUCAGUCAUGUCCAUGGCCUCCUCCCAAAGCCAGCACUCUGAGAUCAGCACUGACACCAUGUCUUCCAUGUCAGGCUCCUAUGUAGCUCCCGGCACUGAGGAGGAGGAGGAGGAGGAAGAAGAAGAGGGGGGAGACAUAGUCCCAUCCCCUGCUGCCGCCAGUGGGGUACCUUCAGAAGGAGAUUCAACCCCUGUUGAAUCUCCGGAUGCAAACUUCGUCAGUCUCUCAGCAGAGGAGCGAGAUGCAGAGGGGAAUGAUGUCAUGGAAGAAGAGGAUGACUCCCCAACCCAGGAAGAUGGCCAAAGGACAGGCGCAUACCUAGGUAUGGAGUGUGACAAUAACAAUGACAUUGGCAACGCAAGCGUGAAAGCACUGGACAAUAAGCUGUGCUCUGAGGCCUGCUUACCUGGUAUCCAGCCAUCAGCUGACAAUGCUCUAAAUCACAGCCAGACACUGAGAUGCCACGUCCCUGCCAGCAGCAUCAACCUGGAAUAUGAAGAAGAUAUGCAAUGCAUGAUGGGACCUUUGUGUCCUAGAUAAUGUCACAGUGUUUGGAGAGAAAAAGCACGGCACGGAACACAUUUCCCUAAAACACUGAAGAAGCAAAGAACAGAAAACUGUGGGCAUUAAUCCUGUAAAAUAUUGGAGAUGGUCUAAUACACAUGUUCCCCCAGAAGGCCACACUUACGCCCUGACCCAGCAUUUUAAAUAACCAGCUCAUGUUCCCCAUGUGGUGAUGUUCACUGUUAAACUGAAUUCACUGUAGGAAUGCCUGAAUGAGCUGAAAUGGAUUUGAUGACUGAAGCCUCCAUAAACAUCAGUUUAUGUUUCCCACUAUCACCUGGUCAUUUUGGCAUUCUCUUUCCUGUGCUGAUUGCUAUGGGUGGUGAUCCUCACAACCCACCUCUCCCUUUUAGCUAUGAAUUAAUGCUGGGUCACCUACUGCAGGUCUCAACAGGUGCAUGUUGAACAUGUGCCAGUAAUAUGUAAUGUAUGAAGAGGACAAAGUCACACUUCCCAGCCUAUGCAUUAGCACGGUUCCUUGUCCCCAUCCUCACACAACAGAAAGAAGUCAGUUGCCAUCACUUUUUGUCUGCACCCAAGUAAGGAGAUGACUGUUUCCCUACACAUUUUAACCCCGGAAUUAAUUGUCUGUUCACUCUGCUGGAACAGAGGCUCCAGGCCACAAGUAAGGGGCCCAUUUGGGCAAUGGAGUGUCUGCUCAGAAAGGUCCUACAAGACCUCGGCUGUUGUAAAUUGUAGGGCGCUAACAAUGGAGGGCAGAACACCACCCUAUGGAGGUGACAUGGUCCACGGGACAAAGGAUGUCCCUUUCGAAAAAAAGGAGCAUCUAGCAGCUUAGAGGACGGAAGAGAAACAAGCCAGCCCGCCCUCAGAAAUUUGAAAGGGAUUCCUUGUGUGGAUAUUCACAAUCCCAUACACACCUUGCUUCAGGGAUUUUGUUUUGUAUCAGUCAGGCCCCAUCAGGAGUGAAAAUAAAGCUAGCCAUGCAUGAGGGACUGGCUGGGGAAGGAAAAUGGUACCAAGUAGCAAAUUGCAGCAGCAUGACUGAAUGCACUAUUGUUUGUAAAAAUAAUAAUAAUUAAGGCACACAGUCUUUUGAACUCUGUGCAUGAUAUUAUUUAAAUUGCGGUUUUCAUCUAUAAAAACUCUUUAAAGAA